ACUGUUUGAACCAACCCAUAACGUUCAAGGCUUCAAAUCACGAGCUAUCUGUUAUCUCGGAUAACAACUGCCAAGUUCGUACAAAUCGUUAAACACCCCAAAAGUUUGUGGCUUGGGUUUCACCAUUUACAGGAUCGCAAAAUAGUUGGACUACCACAAACUUUUAUCUUGAUGGAUGACAUAGCUCUCGUACCCUUAUCACUCAAGACGUUCUACUCGCAAUUAGAAAACAGAAGAAAACAAAAAUUUUUUAACGCCUUUCCCUUAUCAUUUCCAGCCCUUUACAGAUGGUUCAUUGGCCUCUGCCUUCUGUCAAAAUUUUUUCCCUUGGUGAAUUCGCAAAGAGCAACAAUCUGCAAGGUAAACUAAGCGGCGUCCCCAAAUCUUAAUGUGAAUUUCUAGUUUGCAGAAUAACGCGUUGCCUUGCUUCCUCAAAAAUCUUCACAGACACAAAACUGAAACCGCUAUCCUUUGAGAUAUGCUGUAAGGGCAUUAUGGAAUUCCAAAUUUCUUGCCAGGAAACACUACAGUGUUAUUAGUUGUUUCCACAAAGCUGGAGUUGUUGACAUCGAUGAUGAGGUAUCUGACGUAUCCAAGGUCUUUCACUCUUAUCUGGGAAGUGUUUUGAGAAAACAUCAGGAAGAUGGAUAUAGUUAACAGAAUGGGGCAUAUUAUUGGGCUCUUCGUGACCUCGAUAGGUUGACCAAAGAAUCGACUGCUGUUAUCUUGUUGUUCUUUCAAUGUUGGCCUGCACUCUUUAGAAGACAGUAUAGCCAAUUCAGACGUCUCAUUAGCUAGCAGACUGUGCGAAAGUAACUUCAUUGCAAGACAAAACGCAAACAAAAACUCCAACUAUGGUGAUGUCGGUGAUACCAGAUGAUGGUCAUCCUUACCUAGAAAUACAAUGGAAACUGAGUGACAUGGAAGUAGAAGCUGUCUUGUUAUCGAAUUUGAUUGAAUUCCGAGGUCUCAAAGCUAUUCGUUUGGGUAUUCAAAACCUAAAGGAUCAGCGUUGCACACUGAAUCUCUUCGCUCAUCAUAUUCAGCACACCGGGAUUGUAAUGAAAGCUGUUAUUUGCCAUAUUGACGGGCUCGAAUGGAUCGAUAUGAUACAGCACGGCUGCCAGUCGACAGCGCUUUUUACAGCAAUUCUCGCAAAAACCCUCCAUGGCCCUCAAACGUUGACGUUUCGGGUUUUUAUUGCUAACACGAUUUGCAAUUACCGAUUCCUACUGAGAGAUGGCAAGUUAAAGAAUCAAUUUUGGUCUGCCGCAUCAAAAAACAGCGGAACUACAGACAUGGACUUUAAAGUUCAAAAUCGUAUUUUUCCCGCACAUAAAUCGCUUGUCAUUGCACGCAGCAAGGCUUUCGCUGCUGAACUCGAAAGGCUGGAGAAACGAAUAGACGAGGACUGCACGAAUCGUAGACCUCGCAUUGCUCUUGACUUGAAUCCUGAUACUUUCGAAGCUCUACUCAAGUACAUGUACACGGGCGAGUUCCAAUUACCCACCGCAAACACCGAAGAAUUCUGGAAAAGCGUUGCAAAAUAUGAAUUGGCUACACUAUCACAACUCGGUGAGGUUUUGCUCCAAGGAUCGUUGAAACCGACUGAUUGGAUUGAAUUACUUGGGUCGUUAGAAGUGACACGGAGAGAACAACAGUUACCCAUGGGUUCGUCAUCUGAGGUGUCCACGAUUAGUCAUUCAGGUUUCACGCUGCGGUUUCCUGACCGCAUAUCGAACGAAGCGAAAGGGAAGUUCCAGUUUCUGGAGGAGACUAGGUUUGGCUGGCGCUAUUCUACGAGUACGGACGAAAAUGGCAAAGUUUCUUGUCUUCAUACUUGCUUCUUUAGUAGUCUUGAGUGUAACAGUAAUCUCUACGUUUUUGACGUUAUAUUUCGAAGCCAAAAUGAUGUAAUAACUAUGGUUGAACGCCACCGGCAAAACGAUGACUGCAUGUUGCAGAUCUUCUAUGCCAACGUGAUCCAUGGAAAUGUCUUUAACGAAUCCGUGUGUUUCGAAGUAUUCAUUCGUUCCCGUAUCGAAACAGUAGCUGUCGAACUGGUAGAUACCCAGCUUGGUGAAUCACUGUGGAUGGCAGCUGAGAAAGCAGAGGGAACGGACCUUGAAUUUCAAGUCGGUGAUGAAGUUUUCUGCGCCCACACGUGGUUAGUGGCAUGCCGUAGUCAGCCGCUUGCGACACUAUUUAGUGACUUGCUACUGGAGGAGGCGGCUGGAUGUGACGUUAGGUCUUCGUCAGAAACUGACCUUAAGACCACAACAACGAUAACGCCAGCAGCAAAAACCACAAUCAAAAUUAACGAUGUUGAACCAGACGUCUUCCGAGAGUUACUUAACUACAUGUACACUGGAACUCUAGGUAUGGCAGCCAACGAGCCGCUUCUAAAGGCUGCUGAAAAAUACGAAAUUGAAAGUUUAAUGAACAUUUGCAGAGCUGCUGUUCGUGAAAUUAAUUGUGAGAAUUUAUCACUCAAAGUGCUUUCUUAUUGAUAGUGAUAUGUUAAGCUUAAAGAGAUGGCACUUAUAGGAUUAAUGAUUAAAGUGAAGCUAG